AUGAUGUGCAAUUUUCGUGCCCUGAUGGUGGCUGCGGGGUUGGUGCUGAGCAUGACCACGCAAGGAACGCAAGGAUACAGCAGCGAUCCGCAUCUGUUCGAGAAUAGAGAUGGCUACAUCAUCGGGAACUACCUGCAAGCCACGGACCAGGACAUCCGGGACUUCUUCUGGACCGGAUCGGGCGACGGUCCGAGUGCUCUGAACCCGUUCGAGCGAUUUCCCAUCAGCGAAGAUGCCAUCAUCAAGACGGCGACGGUGGUCGCGACCGUCUACAUCGAUCGGAAUGCGCCCCGCGACGGCUACGACGACCUGUGCAUCUUCGACUGUCCACCGUCCGUCGGCGACCACCACGAGCACGAUGGAGACUACCCGUCCGACGAUGGCGUGGAUUUCGGGCCCGGCCUGUCCAUCGAUAACGUCACGCCGACGGAUCGACGCUUCUGGCUGAUGACGGUCGUGGGCGGGCUGUACGGGCGGCAGGACUAUCCGAUGCUCGAGAGCAAGCUGGCCCGACUGUAUCGCGUUGCAUUCGCCAGACAACAGGCAUUACAUCUCGGCAUCAACGGAAGCAGCAGCAACCAGCACAACAAUACACUCGAGAGGCAAUCGAUGGACUCGGAUAUUUUGUGGCGUACCAAGCGUCGGGUUCAGCAGCAGGAUUCUGGAAGCUCGCGGAAUGAAAAUGUCAUCGCACGGGAAGGCGGGUGGAGCCGUGGCCGGGGACGCACCGGACACCGGGGACGGAAAAGCGCACUCCACAAAAGAGACACCGGUAGCUCGGUACUCGACGGUUUGGUGGAGCGAGUCGCCAGCGACGUCCUGCCGGUGCCGCCCGUCGUGGAAAUCAUCGGAAGUCAAAGUGAACAGUCGGCGGAGGGCAGCGGGGGCGGUGGCGAGGAACCGUUACGCUCGCCGAACGUCGACGGCGCGGUGGAGGGCGAACCGGGCCCGAACCGGACGGUGGUUAGGCGCAACCAGGACAAGGAUGCAUACUCGACCGGGCGGCGGAAAGUGCGGAUCCUGAUACACAAUACCACCCACUUGCGGGAGGAGGAUCGAUUGUCGAUGGAUGACGACGAGGCCGAUGGUCGGGACGCAAACAACAAUCGGCUGAAGGGUUCGCCGGCCGCAGCGGGCGGAGGUGCGAGGAGGCGAGGCGACGGCAGCCCGGACACGGCAAACCCGUUGCUGAAUCAGACCGAGAUAAUCUACUCAGUGUUCGUGGGCGGUCUGCCGGUGCUGGCCACGACCGCAGCCGAGGACAUGAAGCUGAUGUCGCAGGACGAGAUGGAGCACGUGCUAGGGACGAUGGUUUACCUCAAGGCCGACCCGUACUUGAAGGAACCGCAGGCGACGCCACUGAUUCCGUCGACGCAGAAUGGCAGCGGGAAUGUGAUAGCGUUGAUCGGCCAGAACCCCAGCCUGUUCGUGGUGUCCUGUGUGGCCGCCCUGCUCCUGUUGGUGCUCUGCGUGGGGCUGUUCCUGUUGGCGCGUGGUAAACGGAAGCACAUCACCGAGCUGAAGAAGCUGGAGUCCACCCAGGCGCUCGUGAUGCCGGGCACGAUUAGCGAGGAGUUGAACGCGCUCAAGACGGGCGAGAGUGGUAGCAGCCGGCAGCCUUCGCCGUACGCCCGCGACCCGUCCGCCUCGGUGAGCCUGAUGGCGCACAAACCCUCGCCGACGAUCCACUUUCCGCUGCCUCCGAUGACGCGGCCCACCUCAUCGUCCUCGAGCUAUUCGUCCGACUCCUCCGUGUACUAUCCGAAGCGCAAACUGAAGCACCAGCAUCAUCAUCAUCACCAUCACCACCUUCAUCCGACCCAGCAGCAACCGUUGCACCACGAGCUGCUGGACGAGAAGGCGGUCAAUCUGAGCAACAAACUGCAGCGACAGUUCCCGCCGACGGGCGCUCAAGAGAAUGUGUACGCCUCGGUGCAGAAGCCAAAGAAGGAGCACAAGCGGCGCCGGAAGUACCUGGGCGAGAAUCGCGUCGGAUCGUUCGAGGGCGGUGGGUUGGCACCGCCUCCGAGGAGUCCGCUUACGACCACCACCGCCAGUAGCGGCAGUCCGAGUGACCGCUCGUACGAUGGCCGCCAGCCGGCGUUGGUGCCGGCGCUCCCGUACGGCCAUCAUCCUAGCGAGACGCUCAACACCGACGUCAUCCUGAAGCACUACCUGAAGCGAAAGCCGCUGGUGGGGUACGGCGAUGGCCAUGGCUUGCCGGUGGAGGCACUCAACCGGGACAAGAUCCGACUGCUGGAGGGGACCGUGUCGGUAGACUCCGGGAGCAUUGGGUCGUACCUGAGCAUGGCGUCGGUGAAAAGUUUCCCCAGAUGCUUCGUACCGGAACCGCUGAGUCGUGUGCUGGAACCGGUUACCAUGACCCACCUAGAUCAGUCGGACGUGUACGCCGACGGGAUGAAGUCCACCGGGCCCGAUACGGCCGGCACUAGUCAAUACAAUACCGACACGGAGGUGCACCUGUCGCGGACGCAGAGCGACGGUGCCGAUCCGGGCGUCGUCGGUCCCAUCGUGUGGCAGAUGCACAAGCGGGAAAUGGAUGAGAUCGCUAGUCCCAUGCGGGAUCCCGUCGUCACGAGGAACCGCUUCGAGGGAUUGCUCGAGGGCGCAAUGCAACUGUACACCGACGGGCCGGAGCGGGAAGAGGAGCAGAAGAACUCCAUCCCACUGCCGGGAGUCAUCAGGCCGGUGGAAAACCGAGGAAAAUCAGCUGUCGUUGUAAGAGAAACAUCGCGCUCCUCCUCGGCAACCAUCCGCCCGGUGACGGCCGCCCCGGGUCGUAAACCGGGGAUGGACAAACCGUCCGAAUACCCUCCAUCACCCGGGGCCGCCCUUGGACGUGGUGGUGGCGGCGGUGCCUGGGGCAGUGGCACUCACUCUCCCCUGGUGCGCCCGAUGAGUGCCGGACCGUUCCACAGCCCUCAGGGACCUCCGGCCCUGGAGGUGACGCGCAUUACGGCCCCCCAGAGCGUCCUGCAGUCGACCGACCUCUCCACGGCGCCCCUUCUGCAGAACAUCAUGCAGGAACUGAAGCGUUUUCGCAACGAGCCGCAAUAG